GCAGACUCGACGCUUCGAUUCCUCCAACAGGCACCUUCGGCGGAUCCAUCAUGUCCCAUAUUCUCCCGCCAUUCAACACCUGACUUUAGACGUGAUUGCGUUUGGCGUCCGCAAAUGGCGUCCGAGCUGGAGCUUUCCUCAACUUUCAUUCCGGCGCUGUACAAGCCUGCUGCGCUGUUGCCCAUCGCAAGACAUAGGCAAAGUUUACUCUAUCUGGUAGAGACCUACCCCGUCACUAUUGUCGUGGGGCAAACUGGUUGCGGGAAAACGACGCAAUUGCCUCAGUAUCUCGACCAAGCAGGAUGGUGCGCCGACGGGAAAGCCAUAGCAGUGACGCAGCCUCGUCGGGUGGCUGCCACCACCGUGGCAACCAGAGUAGCCGAAGAAAUGCGCUGCAAAGUGGGCGAAGAAGUGGGCUAUUCAAUCCGUUUUGAGGACCUAACCUCCGCUUCCACGAAGAUCAAGUUCCUCACGGAUGGGAUGUUACUUAGAGAGGCCCUUGUAGAUCCUCUUCUAUCACGAUACUCCGUAAUCAUGGUGGAUGAAGCCCACGAAAGGUCUCUUAGCACAGACAUUCUUUUGGGGAUCCUCAAAAAGAUCAUGAAGCGUCGCCCUGAGCUCAGGGUUGUGGUUAGCAGUGCAACACUGCAGGCUGAGGAUUUUCUACGGUUCUUUGCAGGUGAAGAUUACCGCGAUGACGCCGGGUCGAAUGAACUUGGGGGGAACGUGGGACGGAUCAUUAGCCUGGAAGGUCGAAUGUACCCUGUGGAUAUACUCUUUCUGGAGUCACCUGCGGAAGAUUAUGUCGAAAGAGCGGUUAAAACCGUUUUUGACAUACAUUUGCAGGAAGGAGACGGGGAUAUUCUCGUGUUCCUCACAGGCCGAGAAGAGAUCGAUACCACCGUGCAACUGAUUUCUGAGCGCGCUGCUUCUUUGCAUCCAAAAGCGCAAGGAAUCCUCGCCCUUCCCCUCUACUCCGGUCUCACGACAGACCAACAAAUGUAUGUUUUCGAGCCAACACCGGAAAACACGCGCAAGGUGAUCGUAUCAACAAAUAUUGCCGAGGCGUCUGUCACAAUCGACGGUAUUCUAUAUGUCGUCGACUGCGGGUUCGCCAAGCUAAGGGCAUAUAACCCAAGCUCCGGGAUUGAGACGUUGACAGCGGUGCCGAUUUCGAAAGCAGCAGCGGUCCAGCGUGCUGGUCGAGCAGGUCGAACAAAACCUGGGAAAUGCUUCCGACUCUAUACCCAGCAGGCCUACGAAGCCCUCCCGGAGGCCACCGUUCCCGAAAUUCAACGAUCGAAUCUUGCACCAGUCAUAAUGCAGCUGAAGGCCCUCGGUAUAGACAACAUAGUGCGAUUCGACUUUCUAACGCCGCCUCCUGCUGAGCUCGUGGUUCGGGCAUUUGAACUUUUGUAUUCCCUUGGAACGGUUGAUGAUUAUGCCAAGCUCACCAAACCCUUGGGCAUGCGUAUGGCUGAAUUGGCGGUCGACCCGAUGAUGGCAAAGGUUCUCCUGUCCGCGCAGUCCUUCAAUUGUUUAAGCGAGAUUCUUUCCAUCGCGGCCAUGGUCAGCCUCCAGGGAUCAGUCUGGGUGCAGCAUGAAGGAGACAGAAAAUCAGCUGAAAGCACUCGCCGAAAGUUCGCCGUUGAAGAGGGCGACCAUCUGACGUAUCUCAACGUGUAUCAGGCCUUCGUGACGGUUGGAAAGAAGGAUUCCAAAUGGUGCAGGGACAAUCUCCUGAACUAUCGCUCGUUGCAACGGGCUGUGAGCAUCAGAGCCCAGCUGAAGCGGUACCUCGAACGCUUUGGCAUCCAAGUUGACGAGACUCUUUCCUCGUCUCGUUCCAAGCAACCCGUUCUCGCCAACCCCUCCGAGUCCCUUCGAAGAUGUCUCACGACCGGGUAUUUCGCCCACGCCGCCAAGAUGCAACCCGAUGGGACUUUCAAGACAGUCAGCGGAGGCCUUACACUGCAUGCACAUCCCAGCUCACUGAUGUUUAAUCGAAAAGCAGACUGGGUGAUCUUCCACGAGAUUCUGCAGACUGGCGAGAAAACGUUCAUCCGGGACAUCACGAAGAUCGAAAAGGGAUAUCUUGUUGAAUAUGCCCCCAACUAUUAUAAGGUUCAAUGAUGGGUUCGGGCCGCAUCUAGACAGAGCGGGACGUGUACCACUAGGGAGGACUUGCUUGCAUUUACCGUAUAAUGUGUAUAUACCCUGUGCA